AUCAACGACAUCUUUGAGGUCAUUAAUAAUUUGACGGGUAGUUUUUUUCAACAGCAGUUUGAUCUGAAAUAACAAUUAAUUUUUUUUUUAAAUAAAUUUUUUGUUUCUUUUAUGAUAGACAAAAAUAAUUAUUUAUAUUUAUUCAAUAAAAAAUUAUUUAAACCGAGGAUCUGAUAAGCGGACUGAUGCUUUUUUUUUACUGACUCGUCAUAAAACAUUCCGCAGAAUAAUAAUAGUAAUAAGUCAUUGAUAAUAAUAACGAACGAUUGAAGACGAGCAAAAAUGGCAGUAGGAGUUUUUCCAGCAUUUAAAUUAGGAGUCUUAUUUUUAAAACAAAUAAGUAAACCCCUGGCAAAACUUAUAGUGGAACAAGCUAAGAGUCAUCCAGUAUUUAGAACAUAUUUUAUUAUUCCACCAGCUCAAUUUUACCAUUGGGCUGAGGUGAAAGCUAAGAUGUACGUGAUGAAUCUUGGUAAGCCAACAAAGGUUGCUAAAUUGAAUGAACAAAUGGCGAUUGAACUCGGAGCUAAUUUAAUGGGUGAAGUUAUCAUCUUUACUGUUGCUGGUGGCUUACUCGUCUUCGAGUACAACCGACAGACUGCUAAAGAAGCCAAGAAAGAAGCCGACAGACAAGCGCAAAUAAUUAAAUUUACUGAAGAUAUUCAAGCUCUCUAUGAAAAUUCACAGCAGCAAGAGAAGCAUAUAAAAUAUUUGACAAGUGUCGUUGAAGAAAUUGCCAAAAAUCCAAAACAAAAAGUUGAUUUAGAAAAAUUGAAACCUGUUGAGCCAACAAUUGUCAAUAAUAAUAAUAAUAAAUCCGAUGGGCUGAGUAAUAAAAAUACUGAUGAAAAAUCAGUCGUUCAUCGGGCUAUUGGUUAUUAUGAGAAUGAUGUCAAAAAAACUAAAAGUUAAGACAAAAAUUUAAAGUUACAAUUAUUAAUUUAAUUUAAAAUGGUACAAGUACAAUGAUAUGAAAUACGAAUAAUGUUUUUAUGCCACUAGAAAUUUUAACUGACAGAAAUCUUUGAAAUUAAUUUCUUUUUAAAGAUUCUAGUCAUUGUUUUAAUUUAAAUUAACUCAGGUUUACGAUUGAUGACAUCAACAAGUUGAUUGGCAUUAUUUGUUUCUUGUUUUUUGUACAAGUUUGAGUACUUUCGUGUAUAUAACAACUGGCUGUACUAUAAGUAUUGCGAAAAAAUGUUAAUUUAAUAUUAAUUAAUGAUAAAUAAUGUAUUAUAGUAAUAUACAUGCUUAUAUAUAAAUAUAAACAAUAAAAAUUUAAA